CAGCUGAAACCACAAUCACGGACGUCGCACUUCGCUCAAUCGUCAUUGGCUCGUUUGAACCACGUUCACUGCGCAGGCGAUUCGUCGCGUUAUAAGUUGUUCACCGAGCGUGACUGGAGGCAGCAUUCGUGCGGACGUACCAGACACGCUGAAGAGCCGUCGUCAGCAACGGCUAAUUGGCGACGCAGCGACCACUCGAGCCUCUAAACAAAUCUUCAGUGCACCGUGAGAUAACUUUGAGAUAAAGCAUGGCGGCGGCGGCGACGCAACUUCCUCACUUGGUGUCCCUGGAUCGCGUGAUGGGAUUACCCGUAAUCGAAUUGGCGCUCACAAAAUCUGCGGAGACUUACUCCAGAGUGAAGAAUUUCCAUCGAUUGAUGUAUGGAGCGUUCACGACCGUCGAAAUGUCUUUGAAUACCGCAACGAAGCUGGCGAUGCCCAUCGCCAUGCCGAUCGUGACGAGACUUGAAAACCAGAUACAUUUCGUCGACGACAAGCUGUGCCGAGGUCUCGAUAAAAUUGAGGAGAAAGUGCCGCUGGUGAAGGAAAAGCCUGAGCAGAUUGUUCAGGACACAUCUAUGCUUAUAGUUAAAACCGUUACACCGGCGAUAAUGGGUGUUUUACACAUCAAUCACAUAAUUGUCGAACAAACAGAGAUUUUACAGGAUGUCACCUGGAAGAAAACGAAUCAAAUACUCGACACAUACUAUGGCAACACGGCGGUGAAGGGCAUAGUCAGUACGAGUAUUCUCAUUGAUAAUCUCCUUGACGAGUAUUUCCCUCCAAUAGACGAAGAAGAAACGACGGAUAUAAAAACAGCCGAGGAGGAUAAGCUGUUAUGUGUUUUGCAAACGAUCGGCUGCCUGACCACUAAAGCUAGUAAACGCAUAUAUUCAUACGUGGUACAUCACUUCAGCGUCGUCAAGAAGGAUUACUUGGUGCCUUACAUCAAUCGAUUAAUCGAAUUUCUUUGUCUUACGCGGAGUUUACACGAAGCUAAUGAGAAAUGUAUCGAGAAACGUAAGUCCGAAGAAGAAAAUGAUCUGAGAAAUGGAGAGAAAAAGACGAACUGAAAAGGCCCACCGAGUACAGAUUUUUUCUUCUAAAUUUCCCCGAUGUGUAGUGUUUAUUUAUUUUUAAUGUUCAUGUGUUAAUCAUUUUUCCAUAACGAUUACGCCGUUUAUUAUUAGAAAUGAAAUUAACGCGACAUCGCGCGAUACUUACAGAUUCUUCGCGGCUGCGAAGGAAAUCGAGCUGUGAAAAGCACGCGCAACGUUUAAAAUUUCACGUUAUUAAUAGCAAUGCGACAUUGACAUUAUUGGAAUCACGGCUACCGCAAAAUGAUGUACUAAUUGAACACCGCACAUGGGCGUCGUGUGCGAAGGGAGUCGCUCCUCUAAUAACAAAAUUUACAGAAAUGAAAAAUGUUAAAAUUAUCACACGUUAAAAAUAUGUAAGUUGAUACAUGUUGGAACGUACGACAUUGGACGGAAUUUGAUUUUGUAUUCUUGAAAAUUGGCGAUCCCUUUUGAAUGUUGCGCUACAAUAAAAUUUCAUCCCAAAAUA